CCAACCUAUGGAAGCAGGGCGCGCGCCGGCGAUGGAUCGAUGGCCCCAGCACCCCAGGCCCAUGCGCGGUUCCAUCGACCGGCGCACGACGCCGCCGGGAUCGGCAGGCACCUCCUCCUCCCAGCUGCUGUUGCCCACUGCACACACACAGCCACUCUGUCGUCCACUACAGGCUGGCCGCCGACCAUCUUGGAUCGGAAACACCGGCAACGCAUCCCGGAAAGAAGAGUCACCGCAACACAAAAGCAUGACGGCGAGUAGACGGGCAGUAUGCAGCUUGAUGCUGCUGCUGCUGGCCACGGCACAAGCCGCGCCCGGCCGCAGCCCGAUGCCCGGCAGCGUGUUCAUCGCCAACCCGACUAGCGGCACGCCGCUGUCGACCAGCGCGGCCGGCGUCGACUGCGCCGACCCGUCUCUGCCCCGAUGGAGGAACCAGCCCAAGACGCACCGACUCGUCCUCUCGACAGCCAACGUGGCCUGCAGUCCCGACACGGAAGCCAACAGGACCCAAGAGGACACACCGCGCACUACUCUCUCCUUGAGCAUCCAGAGCACGGACGACGUUCAGCUGAACCUGUCCGAAGAGUGGCUUCCGGUGAGCGGUAACACCACCGAUCCGCGACUGGCGCUGCAGUCGCUGCAGGGCGGUUACGGUCAGCAACCAUGCCGCCGAGACGAGGCACUGCUGCUAUGGGAGAAACCCUACCACGCACCGGGGCUGACCAUCUCGCCGGAGAUACUCACGCCGGGAAGCCACGCACUCGGCGUACACCUUUGGGGAUCCGCGUGGCUGCUGAACGUGAGCGUGGCGGGCCACGAGUGCUCGCGGACCGCCGAAGAGGCGGCCACGGCGAGUCUGGAGGCCCCCUGCUCGGCGGGGGGCGGCACGUGCGUGCUCGAGCCGGGAGCCGCGGCGUACGCCUGCCGCUGCUGCCCCGGCCUGUCCGGUCGCUUCUGCGAGGAGCGCGACGGCUGCUUCCACAAGCCGUGCCUCAACCAGGGCUUCUGCGUCGACAUCGCCGAGGGACUGUCGGGGUCGCUCUUCCAGUGCCUCUGUCCUCAUGGCUUCCGCGGCAGGCGCUGCGAAGAACCGCUAAGUGCGUGCGAGCUUCACCCUUGCCCGCAGGGCACCCACUGCGUGCAGACACCUGACGAGGCCACUAACCGCAGCUGCGUAGCAGACACAUCGACAAAGCCGCCCACCACGGCCCAGCAGCAGCCAGGACACGCGCAGCUGCAGCAACAGCCGAGCAAUGAGCAGGAGACAAGGCAGCAGCAAGAGCCGGCGCAACCGAAGCUGCAACCCACGCAGCAACCCGAUCAGUGGAAAACUCAGCAAGCACAGCAAGACACGCAGCGACCGCAAUUGCAACAGCCCGACCACAAGCAACUUCAGGAAGAAACGACGCCGACCGAACAACCAGUGAAGACGGAACAGCCUAUCGGGGAGCAAACGCAUCAGCCGGGGCAACAGCAACAAGUCGCUGAAGCCCACACGCAGGAACAAGACCAAGGGAAAGAGCAGACACAACAACCGGGGACCGAACAAACUGACAAGUCCGAGCAACAGACGGACAGACCACCGGAGCAACACGACGAUAGGCAACCGAGCCAGUUAGUGCAAGUUCAGGAGCCGCAGCAGCAAGUGCUAGAGCAACAAGAGAGCAACACAACGACGGUCGUUACUAGCGCAGCGCCACCGGCGGCUACAGAGCCGACGAGGAACCAGAGCGGCGGCAGCGCGUGCGGUGCCCGCCCGUGCGUGCACGGCAAGUGCGAAGACCUGCCGGCCGGGAGCGGAGGCUUCCGGUGCUACUGCCUGCCGGGCUACGGGGGCGACCUGUGCGAGUUCGAGUACGACGAGUGCGACUCCGGACCGUGCGCGCACGGCGCCCAGUGCGAGGACCUGGUGGCCGGCUUCCGCUGCCACUGCGGGCCAGGCUACGCGGGGCGCCGCUGCGAGAUCAAGGUGGACCUGUGCCGGCCCAACCCGUGCCCGCCGCCCGCACAAUGCCUGGACCGCGGGAACAACUACUCCUGCCUGUGCAGGCACGACGGUCCGGGCUGCACGCAGCGAUACGACCCCUGCUUCCCGAACCCUUGUCAGAACGGUGGCUCGUGCUGGCCCAGCUUGGACUCUUUCUACUGCUCCUGGCCGGGUUUCACCGGCGACACGUGCGAGCUCAAUGCGUCAGACGGCGGCUCGCGGCUGCCGUCUUCUGCACCCGCCGAUGCCAUGGCCAGGACGCAGGGUCAUCCUACUGACCAGCUGCAUAACAUCUACAUCGCGGCAGCUACUUUGGCAGGCGCCUGCCUCAUCGUGCUGGCUGUGGUGAGCGUGUGCCACUGCCGCGUGCACCAGAGCUACCGAGGCUGCGUGCGACGCCUCGGACGAUCCUGCGCCCAGCUCAAGCAGCGCACGCUCGAAGACCCAGACAAAUCCUGGCUGAACCCGGAUGGCAGCGUUUCUGAGGCGAAUCCCGAGUGGUUGUCUGCCGCUUCGGCUGGCCUGCAUGCUCCGCUCAUCAUCCGCUGAGCCGGACAGGCCGACCGCCCACAAGACGAUGCCAUCAGCUGUUGAUGCGUGCGAAGCACGCAGACAAACUAUUCAGUCCCAGCCGGGGCUACCGCUGCUACUAGAAGAAGAGAUGCUAAGAGUGUAAUUUCUUCUUCACAUUGAUCACGUGUCCGUCAAAUCAAAUGGCCGUCAAUGACUCAAGGAAUCGGUAUGUGUCAUGUAUACGCAAUGUGGUUGCAGGUUCAAUUCGGCACUGUUUUUUUUAACAGCGCACUAUUUAAUGUCGAGGUGGAUUACUGGGGAUCUGUCUUCUGCACAUUCCAGCCCAGCUGUGAGGGCAGAGUCUGAUGAGAGCGAAAGCAAGGGCAAAGCUAAGUGGUUGAGAGGGAGACCUUGAGCAGCGAGUUGAGCCUGGUAGAGAGUGAGACGUCGAGAGGGUGAAGCUGGGUGGAAAGGAGAGCAAACAUGAAAUUAUGGUAGGAGCAGAGCCGGUGAUGGGGAGAGGAAGAGAAAGCAGGAGCGCAAUUGGCUGUGCCGAUGAAUCAAGUCAAGCAAGGGAAUGCGCGCUCAAUCACAGGUGGUGCUAGUCAAAGUAGAGGAAGUGCGCGCCGAGUGUUGGCGAAAGGAGGAAAAGGCCCGCUGAAGCCAUCAGCUCAGUUGUUAAUCAGCCUUCGCAACAUUAGGUCACUUGAAGCUGCGCAUAUAUUUUUUUUAUUUGUAGACCCCUCAGAUACUCCAUCAUGUGCGACAUGAGUGCGCUGAAGGGAGCAAACGUACACGUGCAUUUAUGAACAUUAAAGAUCCCGACUACACGUUCCACUAAAAGUCUAAUAACUUCAUAGAAACGUGAAACCCCACAGCUUGAACGUGGUGACAAGGUCGCAGCGGUGCAAUCAACACUGCAGGCUUUGAUUUGCAAUAAAUUAGUAUUUCCUACAACAGUUGUAUACUGUCCUCCUGAAUUUGCACAUAGCUGUUCAAAAAACGUGAGUGGAUUAUGUUUUGUAGAAACACAACGUCACCUUAAACUGCCCUACCAAUAUUGACAGCCAAAAUAGUUCAGGAAAAGGAGGUGGCACCAGAAUUCUCUAUGGCGUGACCCAUUUUCAUUUACUGCUUCGUUGCGUGAAACAUGCAUAAGGCACCACACUGCAACCACAUUGCGUCACAGGCACAUCUACAAUGAGUUCGUGCUAUAUACGUCAGCACGUGAUAAAGACAUGGCGAGUACGUCAAUAUGCCAUGCCAGUGGCAUGUCAUGCGAAGACAAACUUGGCGCAAAAAGCAAAAAUGAUGCGGACACGUGCAGAUGUGCCCACCAAACUGAUAAUCGUUCAGUAUAGCUUGCAUGUUCACAUAAGACAUAAUAACACAUAAAGGAAAGAAAAAAUAAGGAAAAAAAUAUCCGGAACUUUUCAAUUGGAUGGGCAGUACUUGUCCUACUGUUGUCUGAUCUUAGAGUAUGUCGCAUCAGGAAGGCUCUGCGCCAUUCUUACAAGAGCAAAUUUGCUCGUUAUAUGGCAACCAAUUAUGCCUGAAAAACCCUUUACCUGAUAGCAAAUAUCUGCUCUUACUAUUUGCAAUGAAUCGGCCCCAACUCGCUCAAUUGCUAGGUUGACGUAGUCAAUUGGGAUUGAAAUAUAUGAGAUUUGAGUCGCUCGCUCAUUACGUUCAUGAGGAAAAUGAUGAUGACCUAUUCAAUCCUCUCAGAGCGUGCGGUGCGAUCCGAGAUGCUUCCAUGGACAUAAUAGCAUUUCUUGUAAUAUUGGAAAGGGUCCGUGUUUUUAAUCGUUGCAACUAAACAUUAGCUUUGGCUUUCGACUCGAACAGAACAAGGGAAUCGCCAAAAAGAAAUCACUCACUUUAGCUAAUGCUGCUAUUGCCCAGCAUUGCUUACGAAGCAUCUAUCUAGAUGAAACCCAAUGGGAACGUUGGCAAUUGCUUUUUUGAGGCGUGGAGACUGGAUCGGUAGAUGAGAAAGGAGUAGGGGUACAUGAAAUCUACGGAUUCUCUUGGGCCUGUAUUGUGGUCUGUGCAUUGUGCAUGUCUUGCACUUUCUUACUUGGAAAUCUGUUUUAAUAUACAAUAACGUACAUCACUUGGUAAAGGUACCAAAAUAGGAAGCUCUGUUCGAGUCGUUCGCCAAAUCGCACGAUGCUCCGCGGGGGAGGCCCGUCCGUCCGGCCAUCGCUCAGGGACCCGCUGCUUGCCAAGUGUCGUGAUCGCUUGCCGCCCAAUCAUAAAGACUGUCUGCGCUGCAAUCCCAUGGACAGUGUAGCAAUGGCAGCGACUGUGCAGUAAAGAUGUACAGAAGAGUGCGCAUCAGUGGAAUUGUGCACCACGCUUCCCAAAUUGUCUUGGCAACCAUGAGUCACACUGAAAAUUUCGGAGGCGUCGUUUUUAAACCCAGUCAUGAUGAUGAUAAUGUACAGUAAGUCGUCCAUAGGUGUUUCCUAGACUGGCUGGCCAGAAGUACAAUGGGACAUUGUGUGCACUUGUGCUAUUGGUUCAAGCCAGUGCUUAGGCCAUCCCAUUUGACAAAUAGAAUGGAUCCCCUGCAUGUGGCUCAUCUUGGCUUUGUCUCUGACGGCUGAACACUGUUUGUCUCGCGUAUUGGUGAGCCGAUUAAGACAUUGCCUUGACCAUCUGAGUAGCACAAGGCCUGGCCGCUCUUAUCUGUGACUUCUCUCUAGCAGAUCAACAGCUUAUUAACUCUCAAGAGAAGAUGACAAGCAGUGCUAGAGAAGCAUUUAUAUUCCAGUAAGAACCAGCGUGAAAUGCAAGGGCCACUGAUGUCAUAUUGCCUAUCUGAGCAAAUCGUCCAUGAUUCAUUCUGGAGUUGCUGAUUGAACAGAUUGAUUCUCACCAAAGCAUGCAUGUGCUUAGAAAUUUGGACAGCUCAAUGGUUACUCCAAUAUGAUGGAUCUUCAUGUGAUGUACUUGCUUUGUUGUCUGUCAUACAUAUGCAGUCACAGCUUUCGUGGCUAGCCGUCUGCACAGACAAGUGCCAAUAAUGAACUAUUGUACACUUGCAGAAUCGUGCAUUUGGCCACCUACAGGGUAACAAAGAAAGCUUCAGCUUUCAAAGUCUUGCACCACUACACUGAGCCACAAGCAGGUAUCCUGUGCUUCUCGAGGGUGCAUCUCGUGAUGGCUAGGCAUGGCAAAAUGCGCAAAAGACAACAGAAUGUGUCCGACAUGAAGAGGACUGCAGCACUCUACUGUACAUCUUCCAACAUCUACUUUUCAGGCCUGCAGACCGCGGUCCCAACAGUCACGCGUUACAAACGCGCUCGCGCACGUAUGCUGCUCCCGGCAAAGUAUGAAUCUCGUCCACGUAUCUGUAGCGUUUGCACUAGUCGUGGUUAAUCACCGCUCUCUCUAACCGUCCCCACAAAGCAAACACAUGCGGCUACGUACACGCACAAUGUGCUUCAGUGUGUGUAUGUGUGGUGUCUUUUUUGUUUGUUUGUUGGCCUCCGUUUAACAAUAAAAUGGCCUGUGUACAGAAAA